GUAAGUUGUUGACCUGGACAAUCUGUUUGCGAUGCAUUACGACCCGCCCUUCUCUGCAUCGGUUGCACUCGACACUUCCUUUCUGCAUACCAGUAUUACUUGCCCCGCACCCUCGUCAGCUGCGUCCUUGGAACACGUUCCCGACCAGCCAAACGUCCCAUUGAUCCAGAAGGAGGUCGCGAAAUUCCUCCAGGACGAACUCACCACGGCAAUCUUGGACCGCCUCUAUCCGUGGCUAUGGCUCUGCACAGCCAUGGACAGCGCACGUAUAGAUCCACUGCACAAGCAGGUUGUCAAGCGGAGAACAGUCAUCGCGUGCGAAGACCCUGCCCUGCAUCUGGUGUGGUACAAAAGCGACAUUUUCGUGAAACCGAUCCCGCCAGCCUUGUUCAACCACGACUUCUGGACCCAGUACCUGAACGGACAACAACCCGAGCAGUUCGAUCGUCGGGUCGCGCUGGGGUUUCUGAGAUCGUACGGCUACCUGGUUCGACACCGCACAGAUCUCAAGAUCGCGAUCAAGGAAGGCCUGAUCCCAGAGACCGUGGAUUGGUUCAGGUGGGAGCGUUUCAUAGCCCCCUUUCGCCUCCUGGAGGACGACGAGGUCGGACUUCGAUACCAUGCUGGGCAGCUGCGCUUGAGCAGACUCAACAUCCUCAUCCGCAUCCUACGGCCUCGAAAGGAGGGAGAUGUGGGCAACAACCGACAUUACCACCAGACGGAAUGGUACACGGCUUCAUUCAUGCGACAAUUUGCGGCACCCCUGCUGUUCAUCUUUGCUUCGGUGUCGCUGCUGUUGUCGGCCAUGCAAGUCGUGCUGACCUUGCCCAGUGCGCCGCCAGAGCACCCGUGGGUCGUGCACGCCACGAGCAUUGCGGAUGCUUUCUGGGGCUUUUGCGUCACGGUGCUGGUCGCGCUGGCUCUCAGCUGGUUCCUCUUGAUCGGUGGUCCGAUUGCAUAUCUGGCGGCGCAGCAGGUGUUUGGGUACCGCCAGAAGUGCAGGUUCCACAAACGACUCGCUGCCAUGCCACACCGGGAGAAGGAAAAGGAUGAUGGUAUCUAGGAGGAGGGCACAUAACUAUUAUAGGACUGCCUCCUCCUAUCCUGCUUACGACUCCCAGACUGGAGUAUUGGUUUGAGCGAGAGCUCAGUUCUCGAGCCCGGGAUCCAGCGUUGACGUACUUUCUUCCUCAUACCAUAUAUACUAUGGUUCAAGCCGUCAAGAGGGAUACCGGUACCACUGCUACUGCUACGAGUGCUGGUGGUGCAUAAUGGUUAUUUCCACAUGAUAGGGAAGGAGAGAAACUCCCAGUAUCGAUCGAUCGGUCCGGCCCGUAACGGGCGAUCAGGAGCAAUUGGAAAGAAUGACUUGAUAAUGCAUAGAGACUUCUACCC